GGUACGUCAUCAAGGUCAUUGCAAAUUUAUGGCACUAACUAAUAUCUGCAGUAUUUGUGAUAUGUAUGAGGAUUCGUAAUUGCACCUGAAUUAUCCUAAUGAUAUGCACUGCGACCGUUGCUCAAAAAUCGUCUACAGUGUGCAGCUUUGCUUCAGAACACUUAAGACACUAUUUCAUAAAGUCUAAUUGUAAUAAAAUGAUCAUUAUAUCGAUGUAUAUCGUUGACGUGAUAUUUUGGGAUGUGCUUGCGUACUAAAAGUUUUUUGCUGGAAAAAAACAAACGAACAUUACAAACUUUAUGGAACAGCCCAAAAACUGAGUGCUCCCAAAGUAAAUUUGGGCUAUAACCCGAAGUUUCCACAGUGCGCCAGAACUGAAUGCUGGCUGGGAUGUUGACUUAUAUAAAAAGGGUUCUACGCAUGCAUGCAAUUCCCCUAAGAUUACAGUGAAGCUCGCUUCCUAGCGGUAAUUUCUAGAUGUGGAACAUAGGACUUCAGUAGCACCUCGCCAUUUCACUCUCUUCUCUGCAGUCUUAUCAACCUGGGUCCACGACUGCCAAAAAGCUCUCGUUUCUUCCUCACACCAUCUCCUCCAUGUCACCUUCGCCUCGGAAGCCCAACUCGUCGUUUCCCAUUUGGGUUCCACUCGAGGACAUGGUCUGGCGUGAGAUGUCCCCAAACGGUCUUCUCAGUCUAUCUCCAGUCCAGUCCAGUCCAAUCCAAUCCAAUCCAUCUCCACUCUCCUCUGCAUAUUUGUUGGGUGAUGGGUUCUCGCUUCGUUGGUUCGUUGCCAGUGAGAGUGAGUUCCUUGUUGCUUAUUCUUAUUAUUCUGUCCAUCUGAUCUUGAGUAUCGAGUGAGCGUAGGCGGCAGCUGUUGAUGUAUGUCUCGAGUUUGUUGAAAAUGCUUUUCGUAACGCUCCAAGUCUCUCAACCAUCACACAGAAGCAUUGACUUGACUGACAGUAGUCUUGAAAAUCUGUAUCUUGUUUGUGCUUUAUGCUGAGUGCAGUGCAGUGCAGUGCAUUAGAUCUUCACACUGACUUGAGAUGAGUGGAGGCCUGUCUUGCUUUUCCGAUCCCGGUUUUGACGUCCUCAUCUGUGCCUGUGUCGCCUGUAGUUGAAACGAUGCUGCCUAGGUAGGUAAGUAGGUAGGUGAUUGGUGCUUGUUGUUCACGCUGUUGUUGGUUGGGUAUCUUCAUCACCUGUGUCUUCUCUACGUUCAGCUGAAGUACUAUCUUCGCUGCCUCGCCUCCUUUGCCAACUGGUUGGUUUUUGCCUGUAGAUCUUCGAGUUUGUUCAACGAGUCAUUAGACAUAAAUCAUCAUCGGCGGUGAAAUCCUAAUCUUUUAGGGUCUUUCCAUCGGUGCAGCCAGUGUGUGACCAUCUUCUAGCUCCUCACAGUGUUUUACAUGACCCAGUCCAGUCGACCACAACCAGGAAGACCACCAGUGAAAGUAGGUGGCAGCCUUGUCCUACUUCUGUCUUCACUUAAAAGGCUACGCUGAGCUUUCCAUUGUGAAUCACCUGGCAUGUAGCAUUAUAUGGCGUGCAUCUGUUGAAUGAGGUUGACCAAGGUUUGUGGCAUUAAAACCGUAGUGUUGAAGCAGCUGGCUGCCAAAUUACUUCUCGGUCGACGCUGUCGAAGGCCUUUUCCAAGUCGAUGAAGUUGAGGUAGAGAUCCAAUUGACUGCCAUUCUAUGCUGUAUUCUAAGAUGAUGCAUAGUGUAGCGUUGCAAUUUGAUCCUCAGAUGAUUUGUUCUUCCUGAAGCCAGCCAGCCAACCAGCCUGUUCCGGUCGUAAUCCAGUUGAACCCGGAGCUUUUUGUAGUCUCUCCAGGAUGAUGUGGCUUAAUAUUUUGCUUGGGUUGGCCAGGGGUGGAGCAUGAUUCCGCGCCAGUUCUUGCAAAGACUUAGGUCUCCCUUCUUUGGAAGUUUGACAAGGUGGCCCUUCUUCCAAUCAGUUGGCGGGUACCCUUCUUUCCUUGUUUCCUUGCAAACCUGCAAUGGUGGUGUAAGCAUGUCCCCUUAUGUCUGUGUGUGAGUUUUCAGUGCUUCUGGAAGAAUUCCAUCUGAUGCUGUUGCUUUACCUGCAUUCAGCAACUUUAUGGCGUCCAGGACUUCUGUUGAUGUCGAAGGAUUUGUGUUCACUGGCAGUUCUGUGGUUGGGGUGCUGGUGAUAUUUCUGGAUGAGUUCCAGGCGGUGGUGGUGGUCAACUCAAGAGAUUUUUGAAGUGGUCAACCCAUCGUUUUCUGCUGCGUUACACUAAUAUUUUAAGAAAAAUAGUAUGUCAGAGUUGAUUAGUCUCCACAUAGGACAGUGUGUGGAAAUGUAAAAGGUAACUAGCUGGAAAAAAUGAUAGCCAGGUGUACGUAAAUGAAUAGAAGAAUGGAGAAUUUUUAAAAAAUGUCUAGUAGCGACCUAUAGUAGAUAUCAGAGGGUAAAUAAAUCUGCCAUUAUGACCGAUUCUAAGCCGUUCCACCGAGAGUUGCUAUCCCCUGAUUGCUUUAGUCUUGUUGCUCCAGCCAGGCAGGCUGCGUAUCCCCACACGGCACAGACCAACAAUGAGAGUCUUCACUAACUGGUUCUGCGUCUCAGUCUAGCCACUAUGAAUUCUCUUCCAACCUAAUCCGACUCCCUCUCUCAUGGGACCUCAAGGCAGACGGUGAUUCGGCAUGCACAAUUUAUUUCCAAGCCAUCUCAGCAGAUGAAGGUUAACGAUUUCGCCAAUCGACUUCCCUUUCUUACCUAGUACCUUUCGCCUGAUCUCAGCAUUACUCUCACGGCGAUUCCGCCAAACACGAACAAUGCUGCUGCUGAUCAAAACCCUGUAAUCGCUUUAUGUCGUCUACUUUGAAUGGCUGCGCUUCACAGCCGUACAACAGGACAUAACGGACUGCAGAGCAGUGUAUUCGUCUUUGAAUAGGUGGUCGAAUAUCCCGCCAGUCGGUGCGAAAUGUGACGCAAGUUGGCAAAUGCUAAACAGGCCUAAAUUCGGACAGAUUUCAUCAGCAGACAGCCCAUUCAGACUAUUCCGACUCUCCAAGUAAGUGGUCGAGUUCGUCGACAUUUUCAUAAACUGAUAGUGGCUGCCAACCAGUCCAGAGGUAUCAGGUGCGGAAUGCAUACCAAACAUGCUCAGAUUUUUUGCUUAAGGUAUUCAAAAGACCCUGAAUUUUGUCAGCGUCUUGACCUAACAGGACAAUGUCGUCUGCACACUCCAAGUCAUCCAGGUGCUUUGCAGCGAGUAUAUCAACUGUUGAGUCAAAGGUACCCAGUGUUAUGUCCAGUAAUGCUUCUGUAACGAAGUUAAACAGGAAUGGUGUUAGUGGGCAUCCCUGCCGGACACUUCAGAUGACAGCACUGCAUAAUCCCUUACAUGGCUGCUACAGUUUGAGUAGAGGGCUUUGUAUAGUGUUACAUACUUGCUCGUUGGGCCCCUUAAAGUUAAACAUUGCUACAACGCCUCGCUGUCGGGUAAGUAUAUCUGUGUUCCACAACUUAUCGAAAAGUGUAGAUCUGAUUGAUGCACUUUGUUGUGGGUCUGAAACCUAUUUGCUUUUCUUGAGUUUAUUUUUCAGCUCAAGUUAGGAUUCAUAUAGCGCCUGACUGGGUAGAUAGUAAGUAGAAUAAUUGACGUCAGCAACCUUUCAGUACGCCAAGCCUAUUGAUAUUAGGUAUCCUUGCCUAUAACUCUUCUCACCGCGCCCCAGCGGAUAAAGCUCAACCAAUUGAUCGGAAUACACUGCACCAUAUCAACUAGUAGACGUUUCAGGUCUGUAAAACCACGGGUUAGGGGGUUCUUUAUCGGCUUUCAACCUGACUGUUUCGUCAUUCUUAAUAGACUCAAUAUCACUAGAAUAAGUCACUCGCCCGGUAUUAUAUUACUUUGCAACACAACCUAUAAAAAGUUUUCUUACUAAUGCGAGUCUUGGUCGGUGCACUUACCACAUGUCAUCUGUGACACCCGACAUUGCAGGUUUAUCACAUAUGUAUUGCAGUUCGAUUAAUAUACCCUUACUGAAAUAUGUCAGCAUAAUGCCUUUUGGAUUCGAUUUUUCUAACUUUGUAGUGUCUGGUAACAUAAACGUAUUGAAUUUUCUAAGCUUCUGAAAUCCGUCACAAACUUCAAUGAUCUCCACUUUGCUGAAGAGCGGAUACACUAACCUUCCUAAUGUUGACUGCACUAUUUUCUGUUGGGUGGUAAAAGACCAACAUCCAGCUAAAAUCUGGCAAUAUUGAGAAAAUUUACCCUAGGGAUGAGGACAUUUUUCAGUGUUAUUUGGUAAUACGCCUCAAUACUGUCUGCUAGCUCGUAGCCAACUAUCCAGGGUAUUCGAUAAGCACCAAACACUCUCCGACUAUUAAGGAAGAUGUCAUUUUAUUGUAUGCAUUAUUUUUUCACCAUCUGCCAGUAUGCAUUUUUUGUCAACACCAGUCUUAUUACUGAUUUCUUGAGAUUUCCCUCGAAUUCCGGUUUUCCACUACAAUCCUAGGGUGUUUCAGUGACCGGAGGAAUGUCUAACAACGAAAUGAUAGGCAGUGACGAAAAAUUACUGUCUUAAACUAUGAUUGCAUCGUACACAUAUGAACUACACUGCAUAAUUAGCACUGAUUCAGCAUAUUCAGGUCGUCUUAUGUCCGGCUAAAGAAUUCUGUGAACGCUUUUAGUAUUACAUACAGCACUGACGGCUAUUUUCAAAUACUACCUUUGAUAGUGUUGACCUGUAACAAUUUUUUCAAGUUUUGUGCAACUGAAAAUGGAAGUAGCAUUUCCUAUGAAAUCGUAUUUCUUGGAAAUACGAUCCUCCUGUCAUACGUUUCAUCCAGUAAGGUACUAUCAUCCGACUCCAUAUGCAAGUAAACUUUGUGUAUAAGGUUGCGUAGAGAAAACAAUUUAAUUCACCGAGUAAGCACAAGUUCAUAGUAAUCGAAACUUCAGAUAUCUGAGACAUGGAAUAUGCCACCUGACUACACCAAUCAGAUAAGGCCAAAUUGAAUAGCUACACUUAGCUUCUACUGCUGUAUCGCAGUGAUAGCAUACAACCGUGUACCAACGCUUCAGUGUAUGAACUAUAUUAUUAUACUGUUUGACGAAAUUCGCAAACAUCCACUUUAGAGCUAGGUUUCGGGACUACGAAUGCUUUUAAUUGGGUUCCGAUUGUUAGUAAGAACGGCCAAGAUAGCAUGGCAUUUUUGAAAAUCUAGAUGGUCGAGAGGGACCUGGAUAGAUCUUUAAGUAUUUAGAAAGUCGAUACUUCUAUUACCGGAGCCGUAUAAUGAUCAUUUUCAUUCAGGCAUUUUACAGCAGAGCUGGAUUAUUACUGCGCGCUUUGUCGCCUUGUGGAUAGGAUUCCAGAACCCUGGGGAAUAUUUGCUCAAGGUAGGCUGAACCCAGCCCCCUCAGAAAUAGUUGUAUAAGAUUUUGUAGAGUUAAUUUUGAACUCUGAAAAUCUUACUGCUAGCAUGGGAACUUCGCAAGACAAAAGCAUGCUAUCCAUAGGACCAGUCCAUAACCCCUCCUUCCUGCAGUCAGAAGGUAGCUUACAUGAAAUUUUGAUGUAGUCUUAGUAUUUCUCAGUAUUUCUACUUCACGACUGACCGUUUGGUGGUAAGACUCAAAAGGAAGUGUUUCAACUAACACCACCGAGAUGCUUCGUUACGAUUAACAAAGAGCUGUGGCUAAUUAAUUUGGGCACUUGGCUUUGAAGCCAUAAAUCAAAGAUUCCAGCUGCACUCCACUGACUAAAGCUUUGGAAAGGUGGGUAGUAUGAUUAUCCCUCACAAAGUAGGCAUGGUUCAUUUCCUAGUGCAAAAACCUGCACUUGGUUAGUGAGUUUGCUUGAUAUUCAUGCUGGUUGAAAAUUAUCGCAUCAUAUGCUACUUGUCAGUUGCAAAAACAGGCAUUAUUCACAUAAGACGUGACAUAACUGGCUUAGUUGUUGCGCUUCACAUCAACAUACAAACGUUGAAGACACCAGGAAGAAAGGAAGUUAUUGUAAGUAACCCUACAGCAAAGAGAAAGAAAUUACUUGUGAUAUUACCAUGUAGAUGGUUAAUUAUGAUUGUAUCUGCACCAGUUAGUUUCGUUUUUUAAAACUUUUUUUAGAUGGAGCAAUGAAUACAGACACUCCGCUGGAGCCAGUGGUUCUCCAUUCCAACACCCAUCCAACGUCAAAUAACCGUGCUCAAUUUCGGAAUCCUAUACUUAUUGGAUGUGGUGCUGUAGCACUCGCUACAUACUAUAUUUUCUGGUCAUUUAUUUCUCCUGCAUUCCGUAGAUUUCGUUUGCCAUUUUUACCUGCUACACCUACUCAGUUGGAUAAUACGUUCAAGCUUUUGAGUUACGCACAAGAUCAAAAAACUGAUCGGUCUUUGGGAUAUGUGAUUGAUCUUGGCAGCGGUGAUGGACGUGUGUUAAUUGAUUUAGUGAAUCAACCAACAUUGAAGAUUUCUUCCGCCCAUGGUGUAGAACUGAAUCGCCCACUUGUUUGGUAUUCACGUUUCAAGCUAUACCGCAUUCAUAAACCGGCAAUCACAUCUAAAGUAAAAUUUACCCAUGGCGAUAUUUGGAAGACCGAUCUUUCGGUAUACGAUACAGUCCUGUUAUUUGGUGUGGAUUCAAUGAUGGAUUCUAUUGAAAAAAAACUGAACAAAGAAUUAAGAACUGGAUCUAUUGUGAUUACGGCCAGAUAUACAUUACCAAAUAGUGAAGUAUGCAAAGCAAUCCUUGAUGGACCACAUUCUGUGUUUUUGUACAAAAUUUAA